CCUGGAGCUAAACUUGUCUUCCGUCCAAAGAGACCAGUGCCGUACGCAGCAUUAUCGAAAGUUGACGAAGAACUUAACCGCCUUCAACUACAGUGAGUUAUUACACCUGUUUCUUAUUCUACCUGGGCAGCACCCAUUGUGGUUAUUAAGAAGGUUAAUGGCACAAUCCGAAUAUGCGCAGAUUUUUCCACAGGUCUUAACGCAGCUCUCGAACAGCAUCAUUACCCACUGCCAGUCGCUGCAGAUUUGUUCACGAUGUUAAAUGAUGGGAAGUUCUUUGCAAAGCUGGAUCUCGCUGAUGCCUAUCUACAAGUGAAAGUGGCUGAAGAUUCGAGAGAGUUUUUGACCAUAAAUACUCAUCGUGGCUUGUUUCAGUACGAUCGCCUACCAUUUGGUCUUAAAACAGGUCCAUCUAUUUUUCAGCAACUAAUGGAUACCAUUCUAUCGGGUAUUCCGGGGGUCGCAACUUAUCUCGAUGAUAUCUUAAUUGUUGCCACAUCGUUAGGACAGCUUCGAGAACUCACGACAGCUGUACUACAGCGCGUCAGCGAUAACGGGUUCCGAUUACGCCGAGAAAAAUGCCAGCUUUUCUUGAAGUCAGUUAAAUACUUGGGAUUCAUCUUUGAUGUCGCAGGUCGCAGACCAGAUCCUGAAAACAUCCGAGCCAUAAAACUGUUGCCGACUCCCACUAAUAUCUCUGAGCUACGAUCAUUCCUGGGAUUAAUUAGCUGCUACUCAGCUUUUGUUCCGUCGAUGCAUGACAUACGCGCCCCGCUAAAUCAUCUUCUGAAUAAGAACACCAGCUGGAACUGGACAAAAGAAUGUGAAGCUGCAUUUUGCAAGCUGAAAACAAUCAUAAGCUCUGAACUAUUGCUGACACACUACGAUCCGUCCAUACCUAUCAUUGUCGCUGCAGAUGCUUCAGAUUUCGGACUCGGUGCUGUCAUCUCACAUCAGUUCCCGGACGCAACAGAGAAAGCUAUUAUGCACGCAUCUCGCACAUUAACUUCAGCGGAAAGAAAGUACAGUCAAAUAGAGAAAGAGGCUCUCGCCCUUUUGUUUGCAGUACGCCGUUUCCACAAAUUCUUGUACGGUCGAAGAUUUACUCUUCUCACUGAUCACAAGCCUCUUCUCAGAAUUUUCGGUUCGAAAUCUGGCGUUCCAGCCCAUUCUGCAAACCCUCUCUAGCGAUGGGCUUUGAUACUGAUGGGCUAUGAUUUUAACAUUCAGUACCGGUGCACCCAACAGUUUGAUCAGGCUAACGCCUUGACACGACUUAACAGUGAACACCAUAAGGCCGACGAAGAUGCAGUUAUAGCCUCCCUAAUUAGCUGAAGCCGUUGUCAUCAGCUGUAGAAAUCUGACUUAUGCAUCAAAGUGUCUUAUUCAGCCACUGUUUACCAUGAUGCGCAGUCGCGUCACAAUGCAUAAAUCACAUAUCACAAACCUUUAUUUUAUGUUUAUCUCUACCUUGUUAUAUUCAGUGUGCACCAAGUUGUUUUUCCCAGUUCACGUGGAUUUUUUAAAUCUCUGUUAUUAUUAUUUUUAUUAUUAUUUCAGUUAACUCGAUAUUGCGUCUGUCCUAUUAUCCAUACUAUUUACUUACUUUCUGGUUAGCAUUUUUUAGAUGCCUAACCCUCCUCCUUUAUCCGGAUUUGGGACUGGCAACAGCCCCGAAAGGACUCCAGGCGGAGUUUUACAUUCUAUUUACAUCAUUUAUCUUUUUUAUAUUGACUGUAUCUCGAUACGUUCCAACGAAUUUUCGCUAUCUCUUUCCUUUAUAAUGACCUUUGAAAUUUACAUAUAAAAUCUUUAUCCUAUUUAAGCCUUAACCGAUAUAGAAGUUCACUAUUUCAACUCGUUUAUUUUAGGCUCAUUGUAAUAAUUUCAGGUUUUGUAAAUAAUUUACAAUGUAACUAUUUAUUUCAGUUGAUACGUUAAGUCUUAUUUUUGUCUGAACACAUAAAUAUGGGUACAAAGGGGCACCGAAUACAUAUGCACCACACAAGUCACUUAAUUUGUGUGUGGGUUGUGACACUACCCGGAUGCCGAGACGGGAGCAGGUAGCUUUCUUAGAGAGCGCCACAUCAGGAGCCUUCAACCUAAAGGUUUGAUCCACAAGGCAGUUGAGCAAUGUCAGGAGAUGCAGUCCCAUGUUAGCCGGUAACCAACGAUUGGUUCAUACGCCAUUUGUUCCUUCAGGAUCCUG